AUGGCGGCUGGAGGCGGGGGAGGCGAGGUGCUGACGCCUCGUGAGUUGGCGAUGGAAGAGAUGGAUCUGCAGCCUGGCGUUUUCUCCGAAGCAGAGAUCCUGAGGAUGGAGAUUGCGUCCCUGGUGAACUUGCUCAGGGAGAAGCAGUCUGACGUUCUUUCGCUCGAUCCUGAGACCGUGAGGAAAAUCACGUCCCUGAGGAGCGAGAUCGCGUGCCAGAAGUUGGAAAGGGAGGUUCCGGAGGUCAAACGCACAGUGCCGCGGAGGAAGAUCUCCAAGAGUAUAUACGAUUAUACCUGCAAUGCUGAUAAACAGAUGGCUGACCAAUGUGCUGAGGACCAGAGGACCAAGGAGUAUGUGGAGAUGACUGAUCAGGUGGACAAAGGCAAAUCCAGCACCCACUGUCUUAACCAGAGUAGCAAGGAAGAGGUGGAUGAAUCUGUAACAGAUUUGACAAUGGACCUUUGUAAAUCAAACAUGGAGACGCACCAGAAGGCUGCUGAUAGCCAGAUGACAGAUGACAAAGAUGAACAUUUUGUGGCAGCAGAUCUCAUAUCUGGUCUUUCCAGCCAGAUGACUGUCCACUGUUAUGAGAACCAGAGUACUGUGGGGUACCUGGAGAUGAUUGAUCUCACGGUGGGCAAAGGCCAAUCAAGCACGGAGACGCAUGCGUUGAGGAUGAUGGACCAAGGAAAAUCAAGCAGUGAAGGCGAAUCAAGUAACGAAGGCAAAUCAAGCACGGAGACGCGUGCGUCGAGGAUGAUGGGCCAAGGCAACUCAAGUAGUGAAGGCCAAUCAAGCACGGAGACGCGUGCGUUUAGGAUGAUGGACCAAGGAAAAUCAAGUAGUGAAGGCCAAUCAAGCACGGAGAUGCAAGGCCAAUCAAGUAACGAAAGCAAAUCAAGCACGGAGACGCAUGCCUCGAGGAUGAUGGACCAAGGCAAAAAAUCAAGCUUUAGGAUGGGCCUGGAUUGCGAUGAGAAUGGUAUGCCCAACUUGUGCAAAUAUUACGAGAUGCUCGAAUGUGAGGAUGCGGAGGAGGAAGAUGAGGAGAUGACUCCGGAGGGUGUAAGGAUGUAUAACAAAUUCCGUAAGGAGCUGUUAGAGAUGGAAGCUGGCUUACGCAAGGAGCGGGAGCAGGAUCAAAAGGACGCGCUGAGGUGGGAGCAGGAUCAAAUUGACACACCGAGCUGUUACACAAUGGACCCGAUCCCCUUCUCACUUCAGGACGAGGCAGAGGAGACUGAGGAGGCGGAGGAGACGGAAUUCACAAAAUCAGACACGGAAGAGAUGGAGAUGGCGGACAAGUUGUUUGCUUUAGGGCGUAAAGGCUGGGAAUCUGCAUGGGGAGACGACUGCGGUAACUUCGAAGACAGGACCGUAUUGAGUCCUAUGCACUUUACACAUUGCACGCCGGGACUGAUCCCGUACGCUGCUCGCACUGUGAGCACCUUGCAAAUCUACUCCGUGAAGAUUGUUGGAAGAGAUGGAAAGUUGAAGUUGCCACUCCAUGUUUAUGGGAUCGUUGCUGCCCGAGAUGCCGUGGACUACAACCGCAACAUUCUCUUCUCCCGGCGAAGGGAAAACUGCCAAAAACUAACUCCAGAGGAUCCUUUUUUGCGCUUGACUGGCCCGUCCCGUGCAAUUGUGGCUGUGGACGAUGUUGAUUUCGAAGUCCAACUGAAAGUAAAGGGCUCAUCAAGGUCUCGCGACAGAGCAUUGAUGAGUCAUCGCUUUACUUACGCCGGUGGUUACCAUGAAGGUUUACAUACCACGUUCUCCAGCAACAGCUUUUGCACAGUAGAAUUGAGCUAUGAGCGACUUACAGAGACAGUCCAGGCUACUAUCUUGAGUGCGCGUGUUGUUGAAGGGGCGCCUUGGCCUUUUGAAUAUGGCGGGCGGAUUAUGUGCUCCUCGCCACCACAGGAAGUUACGGACUCCCUAUCCAGGCAAGUUGUGUUGGUUGAUUCUCAUCGUUCUGAUGAUGGUGGAGAAAUGCCAAUGGGCUCGGAUGGUUACAUUGAUCUGUCAAGGCAUGUUGUUUCUGUAGAACUUGAAGAAAGCCUGCAGUUUGUCAUACAAGCCUACUCACAGUCUGGUGAUGCUAUUGCUAGACAAGGUAGUGUCAGGUUCAGGACCAAAUACUGCAACAUAAGUCGAGCGAUAUGUGAGAUUGGUGACUCUAAGGUGGAGAUAACUGUCGCUUGGUCCCAACUUGCUAAGCAUAAGAGGGAUAUCCUCUUAGAAGGACAUGUUUGA